UUUGCUGCGUUGCACUGCGCGUGCGCGCGCCUCCUUUUGCGUCACUCGACCGCGCCCAGGCUCUCCUCGGCUACUUACAGCUCUAGGUCCCGGCGGCGGUCGCGGGUCAUCCGGGGCAGGCUCCCCUCGGCGCUCCCCCAUGGAGGAGGCGGCGCGCACGGCUGCAGCCCUGGAUGCUCUCACCUACUGGACAGCGUCUAAGGCACUGGCCGCGCGAGCUCAAGAAGGGGCGGCCCGUGCGGCCUGUGUGGGCGUGUGAGCGGAGGUGACCAGGGCCAGGCCGGAGCUACUCUACCAGGGUUUAAAACUUUAAAUGAGAAUAAAGAGUAUUAUUUACAAGGAAAUGAGAGUGAAUAAGUCAUCUCUGACCUCUUCCAGCCUUUUUUUUCAUAAGAGAGACCAUAUUAAACUUACAUAUUUGAAGACUGCAUAACCCUGCCUCUAGCACCAGCGGUUUCUCUGUUUUGUAAUCAGUGUGAUUUAAAGAACUUCAGUAACAAACGAAAUGAUCCAGGGGCGUGGAAAAUAUGACUUUUACAUUGGUUUGGGAUUGGCUAUGAGCUCCAGCAUUUUCAUUGGCGGGAGUUUCAUUUUGAAAAAAAAAGGUCUUCUGCGCCUUGCCAGGAAAGGCUCCAUGAGAGCAGGUCAAGGUGGCCAUGCAUAUCUUAAAGAAUGGUUGUGGUGGGCUGGAUUGCUGUCAAUGGGAGCAGGUGAGGUGGUCAACUUUGCUGCAUAUGCCUUUGCACCAGCCACCCUAGUGACUCCGUUAGGAGCUCUCAGCGUCCUAGUAAGUGCCAUUCUUUCUUCAUACUUUCUAAAUGAAAGACUUAAUCUUCAUGGGAAAAUUGGAUGGUUGCUAAGUAUUCUAGGAUCUACAGUUAUGGUCAUUCAUGCUCCGAAAGAAGAGGAGAUCGAGACUCUAAAUGAAAUGUCUCACAAGCUAGGAGAUCCGGGUUUUGUGGUCUUUGCAACACUUGUGGUCAUUGUGUCAUUGAUCUUAAUCUUCGUGGUGGGACCUCGCCAUGGACGGACAAACAUUCUUGUGUACAUAACAAUCUGCUCUGUAAUUGGAGCAUUUUCAGUCUCCUGUGUUAAGGGCCUGGGCAUUGCUAUCAAAGAGCUGUUUGCUGGAAAGCCUGUGCUGCGACAUCCCCUGGCCUGGGUUCUGCUGCUGAGCCUUAUAGUCUGUGUAAGCACACAGAUUAAUUACCUGAACAGGGCUCUGGAUAUAUUCAACACUUCCAUUGUGACUCCAAUAUAUUAUGUAUUCUUUACAGCAUCAGUUUUAACUUGUUCAGCUAUUCUUUUUAAGGAGUGGCAAGAUAUGCCUGUUGAUGAUGUCAUUGGUACUUUGAGUGGCUUCUUUACAAUCAUUGUGGGAAUAUUCUUGUUGCAUGCCUUUAAAGAUGUCAGCUUUACUCUAGCAAGUCUCCCUGUGUCUUUUCGACAAGAUGAAAAAGCAAUGAAUGGCAAUCUGUCUAACAUGUAUGAAGUUCUUAGUAAUAAUGAAGAAAACUUAACCUGUGGAAUUGAACAACACAGUGGUGAAAAUGUCUCCCGAAGAAAUGGAAAUCUCACAGCUUUUUAAGAAAAAUGUAAUUAAAAGGUUAAUCUAUAAUUGUGUUAUAAAGUGAAUUUGAGUAUCAGAAUGUGUCUGAAAAAAAACAUUGUUCUCAAAAAAUGUUCUCUAGAGACAAUCUUUUUUAAAGUUUCACUGAUUUGGACCAAGAAAUUACUUUUAUUAUAUUUACAUGAUGGUAGCUCACUAAAAUGACCUCAGUACAUGGCCAAUUUCUAUUAACAUUGUAUUAUUAUAGAAGUAUUUUAAAUUUUCCUUCACCAAAAUCUAAAUGCACUGACAGUUUUAAGUCUAUAAAAAUGCUGUAUUUUUUCAUUGGUGAUGAAAAUCUGAAAUGUACAUUUGUCAUCCCCACUCCAUCAAUCCCUGACCAUCUGAAGGCUUUUUGAUUUAAAAAGGAACAAAAUUUUCCUAAUACAUUAUCCUGUGAUUUACCUUACCUGUAAAAAUGACUCCUGUUUGAUGACUUAAUUUUAAAAUGUUAAAAGAGAAACCUAAGUUACUAAAUGAAGAAAAACUAAUUUACAAAAAAAAAAAAAAAAAAAAAAGAGGGUAGGAAGUUGCCUGAGGCAAUGUUUCUCACACUGUGACUUACCACCACACAUUUGAUGGUCUUCCUAUUCCUUGACGGCACCAUGCUAAACCAGCGCAUCCAGCGCAUCCUGUGUCUGUCAGACUACAGCCUGACCAGUUUCAUUCUUCACUUACUCUAAUCCCUUGAUACCUGGAACCUUGAUUACCAUUUUACAUCAGCUCUUGUACUUUUCAGUAUAUUUUCAUAAUGAGUUAUAUUGUCAUUUAGAUCUAACAACUCUGGGAAAUAAAGUCAAAAGACUAAUUUCUUAAAUUUAGUUCAUGUUAUAAUAAAAAAAAUUGAAACAGU